AUGGGACUGCAGCCCUUGGAGUUCAGCGAUUGCUACCUGGACAGCCCCUUGUUCCGGGAAAGGGUCCGAGCCCACGAAGCUGAGCUGGAAAAAACCAACAAGUUCAUCAAGGAGUUGCUCAAGGAUGGCAAGAAUCUCAUCGCCGCCACCAAGAGUCUUUCAGCUGCCCAAAGAAAGUUUGCUCGCUCACUGAGGGACUUUAGGUUUGAGUUUAUUGGUGAUGCAGAAACAGAUGAUGAACGAUGUAUAGAUGCAGCCCUCCAUGAAUUUUCUAACUUUCUGAAAAAUUUAGAAGAACAAAGAGAAAUAAUGGCCCUUAGUGUUACUGAAACUCUGAUCAAGCCUUUGGAAAGGUUCAGAAAAGAGCAACUUGGAGCUGUAAAGGAAGAAAAGAAGAAGUUUGAUAAAGAAACAGAAAAGAACUACAGUUUACUAGACAAACAUUUAAAUAUGUCAGCUAAGAAGAAAGAAACCCAGCUCUUUGAGGCGGACAACCAAGUGGAGCAAAACCGAAAACAUUUCUAUGAGCUGUCACUUGAAUAUGUGUGUAAGCUUCAAGAGAUACAAGAAAGAAAGAAAUUUGAGUUUGUAGAACCUGUCCUGUCAUUUUUUCAGGGGAUGUUCACUUUCUACCAUCAGGGCUAUGAGCUCGCCAAAGAUUUUAACCAUUAUAAAAUGGCUCUGCAGAUCAAUAUCCAGAAUACAAGGAAUCGUUUUGAGGGAACAAGGUCAGAAGUGGAAGACCUUAUGAACAAAAUCAAACAAAAUCCCCAGGAGCAUAAAAGAGCAAAUCAGUUUGCAAAAGAAGGCUACCUUUAUGUGCAGGAGAAAAGACCUGCACCUUUUGGUUCUAGUUGGGUAAAACAUUACUGCAUGUACAAGAAGGACACAAAGAAGUUUACUAUGAUACCAUUUGAGCACAGGUCAGGAGGGAAAACUGGUGAAUUGGAAGUCUUCCUCCUUAAGUACUGUACCAAAAGGAAUACUGAUUCUAUAGAUAGGCGGUUCUGUUUUGAUAUGGAAGUAAUGGACAGACCUGGUAUGCCUAUGACAAUGCAAGCGUUCUCAGAAGAGGACAGAAAUCGGUGGUUUGAAGCCUUAGAUGGAAAAGAAUCGGUAUUCCUCAAUUUGAACAGGGCUAACACAAAAAGGGAAGGAAGUGCACAGUUGGAUAAGAUUGGGUUCACAAUUAUUAGAAAAUGCAUUAGCGCUGUUGAAGCAAGAGGUAUAAAUGACCAAGGACUGUACAGAGUUGUGGGGGUGAGUUCAAAGGUCCAGAGACUUCUGAAUUUGCUAAUGGAUGCAAAAACAUGUAAUGAAGUUGAUCUGGAGAAUUCCAUGGAAUGGGAAGUGAAGACAAUAACGAGUGCGAUGAAACAAUAUUUGAGAAGCCUUCCAGAGCCCUUAAUGACGUAUGAGUUACAUAGAGAGUUCAUCAUUCCUGCCAAAAGUGGCAGCCCAGAGUCUCGUGCUAAUGCUAUCCACUUCUUGGUCCAUAAACUUCCAGAGAAGAACAAAGAAAUGCUGGAUAUAUUGGUGAAACACUUAGCAAAUGUUUCAAAUCAUGCCAAGAAGAACCUCAUGACUGUAGCAAAUUUAGGAGUAGUGUUUGGACCAACAUUAAUGAGGCCCCAGGAAGAAACUGUGGCUGCCUUGAUGGACCUGAAGUUUCAGAAUAUUGUGGUGGAGAUCCUCAUCGAAAACCAUGAUAAGGUUUUCCAAACUCUGCCUGAUGCCACUUUCUCAGAGCCAAUCCCUGUGCCUGUGUCUCCUCCAAAUGCCCCACCACGACAAUCAAGAAGACAAGGGCAACGUAAUAAGAGGCCCAUUGCUGUAUAUAAUCUCUGCCUUGAGCUGGAUGACAGUGACAGUCUUAGCCCUCCCAAAGAAUGCACACCCACUGGUAGCAUGGAUUCUCUGUCUUCUCAGUCUCCUACAACUGCUGUCCCCAGCAGCCCUCCAGACACACAAAAGAAUCAUCUUAUAACUGACAGUGGAGACGCAGUAGACUCAGCAGUCAAUCUCUCCACCGAUAUUCAUUCAUCAAUGGUUUCCUGGAUGAAUGUGCAGUCAAAUGCAACACCUACCACAAUCACAUCAACAUCAUCAACUUUCUCCUUUCCUUCCCCUGCCAAAGAGACUGAAAGGCCAGCAGGAAGUGUUGUCAGCAGAAAAGCAAGAGCAGUGUAUCCAUGUGAAGCAGAGCAUAGUUCUGAAUUAUCUUUUCAAAUUGGGGCAAUUUUUGAAGAUGUGCAUUCGUCACGAGAACCUGGCUGGCUAGAAGGAACACUAAAUGGAAAGAGAGGACUCAUUCCUGAAAACUAUGUCCAUUUUCUUUAGUUCUCUGCGUUGAAUGCCUGGAAAGUGUACAUGGUAUCCAUGGAUUACUAUUAUUAUUAUUAU